AUGCUUCCCUCCAUAGUAGCCGUUGGCACAAUCCCUCUCCCGCCAAAUUCAAACUGUGCUUCUCUUCAGCGGAAAAGGAACACAUCAUCAUCUUCUUCACAACACCACACCAUCACUCUCUUGCGGAGAUGCAAAACCAUCCAAGAACUCCACCAAAUCCACGCCAAGAUCCUCAAAACAGGGCAAUCCCAAGACCCACACCUUCUCUUCAAGCUCCUUCACCAUUGCUCCACAUUGAACUCCAUUGAUUAUGCCUCCAAACUCUUUGAAACGAUCCAAACCCCUGAUGUUUAUCAUUACACUGCUCUCAUUUGUGGCAGCAUUGUUUCCGGCUAUUCUGAUGCUUGUUUUCGGUUAUUUUCCCGCUUGCUUGAGGGGAAAAUUAUGCCGGAUUUUGUUGUGAUGUCUUAUGUUUUGAAGGCUUGUGGGAUUGGGCUGUCUUUGGAGGAAGGUAGGCAGGUUCAUGGACAUGCUCUGAAACUGGGAGUUGGGAAUGAGAGGCUUGUUUCCAUGAGAUUGAUUGAGUUUUAUGGGAAAUGUGGAGUUUUUGGUGAUGCAGAGAAGGUUUUUGAUGGAAUGCUGCAGAGAGAUGCUGUGGCCGCUACCAUUUUGAUAUCUUGCUAUUCUGAUCGGUCUUUUAUCGAAAAGGCAAGGACUUUGUUUGAUAAUGUUGGUGAUAAGGACACGGCCUGCUGGACUGCUAUGAUCAACGGGCUUAUUGAAAAUGGAAUGACUAGUGCUGCAUUAGGACUUUUCAGAGAAAUGCAGGGGGAGAAGGUUCCGCUGAAUGAAGUUACUGUUGUUUGUGCGCUAUCUGCGUGUUCUCAAUUGGGAGCGCUUGAGCUCGGGAGAUGGAUUCAUUCUUAUUUCAGCAGGUUUGGCAUUAAGCUGAAUACUUAUGUCGGCUCCACUCUUGUUGAUAUGUACUCAAAAUGUGGUAGUUUGGAAGAAGCGAAGAAAGUCUUUGAUGAGAUGCCGGAGAAGGAUGUGGUCUCUUAUAAUUCGAUGAUUGCCGGAUUAGCAAUGCAUGGGAGGAGCAGGGAAGCUGCCAAACUGUUUAAGCAAAUGAUUGAGCAAGGUCUAAGUCCUAACCACAUAACUUUCGUUGGUGUUCUUAAUGCUUGUAGCCAUGGUGGUCUUGUGGAACUAGGAUAUGAGAUAUUUGAGUCAAUGACAAAGGUUUUCAGUGUAGAGCCAAGAAUUGAACACUAUGGCAUGGUAGACCUUCUUGGUCGUGUCGGAUGCUUGGAUGAAGCUUAUGAGUUUAUCAGUCGGAUGAGAAUCCAACCAGAUCAUGUUAUUUGGGGAACUUUGCUUAGUGCUUGUAAGAUGCACAGAAAUCUUGAUCUAGCUGAAAAGGUUGCUGAAAUUUUGAUUGAGAGUGAUGCCGCCGAUUCUGGAACUUAUGUUCUUCUCUCAAACGUGUAUGCAUCAUUCGGUAAAUGGAGAGAGGCAGUUGGAAUACGCUCGAAGAUGAAGGAAUAUGGCAUUCAGAAAGAACCGGGUUGCAGUUCUAUAGAAGUUGAUAAUGAGGUGCAUGAGUUCCUCUUAGGUGAUAUUCGACACCCUCGAAGAGAUGAAAUAUAUCGAAAGUUGGAGGAAUUGAGUGAUGCCUUGAAAUUAGAAGGUUACUCUCCGGAAAAGCAAGUGGUUUUACAGGAUAUUGACGAAGAUGAGAAGGAAUGGGCGCUAAGUAUCCAUAGUGAGAGGCUGGCAAUAUGUUAUGGUCUCAUUUCGACAAAACCAACGGCGACGCUAAGGGUUGUGAAUAACCUUCGGGUAUGCAAUGACUGCCAUUCACUGAUUAAGUUCAUCUCAAAGAUCACCCGGAGAAAGAUCGUCUUGAGGGAUCGGAAUCGAUUCCAUCAUUUCGAAGAUGGUUUCUGUUCUUGUGGGGAUUAUUGGUGAUCGCAAUCAUGAAUAAAUUGCUGCAAUUAUACAUCGUUAAUCAUUUUCACAUGAAAAGAUCGCCAUCCAUUGAAAACUCACUCCAAGGUUUUGUUGGCUAGUUAGUUCUUGUGAUUUGAUUAUUGUAUGGCUUGCCCUUUGCAUCAUGUAAAAAACUUCAAAACUGAAAUAUUAGUGAAUCAAAUUCAUA